AUGUCGGCUGCAGCUGCAGAAGAGUUGGUCAAGAAGGCUGAGCAGAAGAUGAAGGGUGGCGGUGGUCUUUGGGGCUAUCUCUCCGGCGGACCCAAGUACGAUGAGGCCAUUGAAAUCUACCAGCAAGCAGCGAACCAGUACAAGAUGGCCAAGAUGUGGCAGGAGGCUGGGAACUGCUUCGUGCAGUGCGCCUUUUGCGCGGAAAAGUCGGGCUCGCAGUCCGAUCAGGCCAACUACCUCUCCGAAGCUGGCAACGUGUUGAAAAAGGUCUCCACGCAGCUGGCGGUCGAACAGCUGGAACAGGCUGUAAGCAUCUACAGCGCGGGUGGCCGAUUCCAGCAGGCUGGCAAGCUCCUCCUCUCCGUUGCAGAACUGUAUGAGGCGGAGCGGCUGCAGCACAAGGAGUGCAAGGCCUUUUACAAGCGAGCGGCUGAGAUGUUUGAGCUCGCUGACCACUCCGAGUCAAACUUUUCAAAGUGUAACCUCAAAUAUGCGGAAUUCGCCGCUAAGGACGGCGAACUGGAGGAAGCAAUUCGGAUAUUUGAAUCCGAGGGUGAGAAGGCCCUUGGAAAGACGUUGCUUCAGUUUGGAGCCAAGGAGCAUUUCCUGAACGCCGGAAUCCUGCACUUGGUAGGCCCGGUGGAUCUUCUACCCCUUGCAGCAACAACGACAGCGGCAGCAACUGCAUGCAAAAGCUACUGUUGGUCACCAGUCGUCAGUAUGCAGUAUGCACACCACCGUCAUCAUGGUCACUAUCACGAUCCCCAUCAUCAUGAUCGCCACCACAAUCGUAAUACUCGUGAGAGGUUGUACUGGCGACUCAAAACUUCACCUCGACGGCAGCGGCACUGA